GUGCGCGGCCGCCCGCUCAGGGCGGCGGCAUGGGGCGGGUGCAGCUCUUCGAGGUCUGCCUGAGCCACGGUCGCGUCGUCUACAGCCCCGGAGAGCCGCUGGUGGGGGCCGUGCGCGUGCGCCUGGGGGCGCCGCUGCCCUUCCGAGCCAUCCGGGUGACCUGCAUGGGUUCCUGCAGGGUGUCCAACAAGGCCAACGAUGCCGCGUGGGUGGUGGAGGAGGCUUACUUCAACAGUGCUCUGUCGCUGGCUGACAAGGGGAGCCUGCCAGCUGGAGAACACAGCUUCCCCUUCCAGUUCCUGCUUCCUGCCACAGCACCCACAUCCUUCGAGGGCCUCUUUGGGAAGAUCGUGUACCAGGUGCGGGCCACCAUCGACACACCACGUUUUUCCAAGGAUCACCAGUGUAGCCGUGUGUUCUAUAUUUUGAGUCCCCUGAACCUGAACAGCAUCCCAGACAUCGAGCAACCCAACGUGGCCUCCACUACCAAGAGGUUCUCCUACAAGCUGGUGAAGACAGGCAGUGUGGUCCUUACUGCCAGCACUGACCUCCGUGGCUACGUGGUGGGGCAGGUGCUGCGGUUGCAGGCUGACAUCGAGAACCAGUCAGGCAAGGACACCAGCCCCGUGGUAGCCAGUCUGCUGCAGAAAGUGUCCUACCAGGCCAAGCGCUGGAUCUAUGAUGUGCGGACCAUCGCAGAGGUAGAGGGUGCGGGCGUGAAGGCCUGGAGGAGGGCACAGUGGCAAGAGCAGAUCCUGGUGCCUGCCCUGCCCCAGUCAGCCCUGCCAGGCUGCAGCCUCAUCCAUGUGGACUACUAUCUACAGGUCUCCCUGAAGGUGCCUGAAGCCACCGUGACCCUCCCUGUCUUCAUCGGCAAUAUUGCUGUGAACCAUGCCCCACUGAGCCCCCGGCUGGGCCCAGGGCCGCCUCCUGGGGCCCCAAUCCCUGUGGUGCCCUCAGCACCGCCCCAGGAGGAGGCUGAGGCUGCAGCCAGCAGCCCCCAUUUUGCAGAUGCAGUCUCUCUCUCUACGAAGAGCCACUCACAACAGCAGCUGUUACCUGCCACCUUCGGCUCCAUGCCCGGUGCCCCUGAACCCCGCCCUCAAGAUGGCAGCCCUGCUCCCCACCCCUUGCCCCCUCCCUUGUGCAUCUCCACAGGUGCCACCGUCCCCUACUUUGCAGAGGGUUCCGCAGGGCCAGUGCCCACCACCAGUACCUUGAUCCUGCCCCCAGAGUACAGCUCAUGGGGCUAUCCCUAUGAAGCCCCACCAUCCUAUGAGCAGAGCUGUGGCGGUGCAGAUCCCAGCCUGACGCCCAGGAGCUGACCCUGUGCUGUCUUCUCCGGGUGGGCUGACCUUUGUCCUGGGACCAGGCACCCAGGGCCUCGUGCCUUCUUCACUCCUGGCCUGACCCGGCCCACUCAGGACCCCUACUGCCCGGCUGCUCCUUUCAGCCUCCACCCGGGGCCCAGCGUCUCCCCGGGGCCUGGGGCCUAGAGAGAUGCCAUGUAAAUAAAGUGCUUCGUUUGUAGAGCUGG